AUGGAAAAUUCCGCGCCCCUCUACGUUUACAAAAUUGUACCGUCUACUUGUCCUCUCCGAGAACCACUUCCCGACCGACUUCCAGUCAGUCUUACCGAUCAAUCUUCAGGGUUCAUUCACCUCUUAACGGCGCUGCAAGUACCAAGUGCCCUUAGAGCUGUAUAUAAAGGCGAGCCAUUAGUGUAUGUCUUGCGGAUCCCGUACGAUAAGGUUUUACAAGACACUCGUUGGGAGACAGCAGACGGUGCAACAAGCGAGGCUCUACCGGAAGAGGAACUGUGUCCACAUUUGUACAAUGGGCUCAAUCUUGGGCGAGACGAUAUUGAAAGCAUGGCGGUGUGGAUAAACGAAUAUGGGUGGGAAAAGGGUUUAUUGCAGGCUGGCCCAUGGCUUUUAUAUUGA